CCAGUUGAAUCUUUGUUGUUGUUGUGCAUUAUUUUAAUCGUUCUACAGCUUGAAAAACAUAAUCUGAUGUAUUUAUCCGUAUUAUGCUGUAAUAUCGUGGCCAAGUAAGUAAGGGUGGAUGGCUCGAGGAGAUGUCCUCGCGCGCACCAUGAAGUGUGUUAUUCCGAGUGUGACGACUUCUUAUUCUUCUUUCAUGUAGCUUUAAGGAUGGCUGGAAAAAGUUUGCAAAGUGAUGAGGUGAAAUGUGACAUGGAUAGAGCUGAGGAGAAAAGCACUUUGCCUAAAGAUGAUUUACCAUGUAAGAUGGUGACUAACACAGCUCCAGGCAGGACCAUGCAGAGACUCAGUCCCAUACCUGAGCUUGAUCCUACAGAAACCAAAGCAGAUUCAGCCACUUCUGGAUCCUCAUAUGGCCUCUCCUCUGUGGAUAGGUGUAGCACUGUCUCCUCUUCCACAGACUCCUUAUCUGACAAUCAGGAUGUUGAAGAUGCCUGUGCAGGGAUCAUCCUCAACUGCCUCUUCUGCCAGUUCUAUGACCUGUGCAUCAUGCUGCCUGACACGUGUAAACGUGCUGCUCAUCAAAUCUGCCCAGCCUGCAGCUAUUUGUUUGCUCCAUUAGAACCGGUCCAAAGCGGCGAAUGGAACUGUCACUGUGAUAUUGACUGUGGCCUACUUGAUGCCUGCCAAGAAACAAGCGAUUGCCUGGAGUUAGCCAUGGAGAUUUCAGAGAUUUGUUACCGUUAGCAGGCUAGCAAAGCCAAGAAUCUUCGCAGUAGAAUUGGAGACUACAGGGCCACUCUGAAGCCAGUGCAGCAUUGUCAAUAUUACUGCUUAUUUCACAUGAGUGUCAAGUUGAAAUAUUACAUAAACAUCAACUUUGAAUGUAGUAUGUCUAUGUGCAUUUAAAUAAUGGUAGGUUUUGGCAUGGUGAAGCACAUCAGUGCAAAAAAAAUCUUUUUAGGAGCACAUAGAAGACGGAGGCAAUCGGAUCCAGGAGACGGUGCGAGACAUGCUGAUAUAAGCACUUGUGCAUGCUCAGGGCAGUUGUAUCAAAAUGUCAUGAGGAGGUGUCUUCAAGGUCUUCAUGUUAUCCUUGAGCAUGCAGCCUGAUUAAAUUGGAGUAUGUUACCACAAACAGCAUGAGAUGAUGUUUCUGUUGAACACCUUUCUAGAGUCCAUCAACCAUUGUUCUCUGUUCAAGAAGACCACUCCCUGGAGUGCACAGUGACAACUUAGUAGAUCAUUUGAGCACUUGUAAUGUAAUAGGAAAGCAGCAAGUACUGAAUGUAUGCAUAUGUGUUUGCAAUGAAUUCAUUCUUCUCUUCUGCUACUUAAAAGGGAUAUUAGCAAUGAGAAAUACUAUAUUGCCAAAAGUAUGUGGACAACUGACUCUCAAACUCAUAUUGUGGUUAGUAAAUAUUGUUCCUUCCUCAUUUUGCUACUGUAACAGCUACUAUUCUUUUGAGGAAGGCUUUCCACUAGAUUUCAGAAAACAGCUAUAGGAGUUUCCUAUUCAGCCAUAAGUGCAUUAGUGAAGCUGUGGUGUUCCAGUUCAUGUUGAAGGUCAUCAUUGUGGUUUGAUUAAUGCUACAGUAUACAGAUGCACUCUAGACAAUUCUGUGCCUCCAACUUUUGACACAAGUUUAGGGAACUACUACAUGAUGGUGUGAUGAUCAGAGGUCCGCAUAGUUUUGACCGUGUAGUGUAUUUAUAUAUCGUAUAUACAGGUCAUUUUUGUGUCAUACUAGUAAUUCAACUUGUUAUUGUGGUAUAAUUUUCAAAAUCUUUCACCACUCAUCAGAGAACCUUUGGUACUUCAAUGAAAGCAGGAGGUUCCUAAGGAAUUUCUUGAGCAUG